AUGAUCACGGACGUACAAUUAGCCGUAUUCUGCAACAUCCUGGGAGUUGCGCUAUUUUUCUUAGUAUUUCUCUUCCACUACAUAAAUGCCAAUUAUUCGAAAUAAGUGGAAAGAAACAGAGAAUUGUCAUUCAAGGCUUACUUAAUGUAACAUAACCUAUGUUAUUGGAUUGACAACAUGUUGAAUGCAUAAAGAGAAUUGAAGUACAGUUGCAGGCUUUUGCUUAGCAUGUAAUACGCGCGCGAUCCAAACUUUAAAUAAUUUACCAUACUUGAUGCGGAGAAAAAUUUUGUACAUCUCUUCUUGUGUAUGGAAAUAUAGAUUUUCUAAUUUAUUAAAUUAAAAAUGCUACAUUAAUUAUACAAGUUAAACUUGUACAUUUUUUUUUUCCUAAAAAUGACGAACAACAAUACAAUAUAUGUAGAAGAGGAGAGGAAAAGUGGGAGUAAAUCCCACCUUUUAUUAACAUACAAGGUGUAGUCGUAAGUCGUGGUAGGGGACUGUCGUAAUACGCGUUAAAACAACACUCGAGCUUCUUCAAAUGUGGAUUCAUUUGUGUCACGUUCGUAAGCUUCGCGGGCACUUUAGUUUCGCAUUAAUCGCGGGGAAUGUCAUUUAGCUUGAAUAUGUGCCAUUUAUAUAUUGAAAUGUAACACGACUUUAUCAUUAAAUGUGCAUGUUUUAAAGAUUAAGCAUAUAUUUUGGAUGCAAUCUUGUGAAAUAAUAAUAUACCCUAUAAAAGUGCUUAUUUCACAUAUUUAUGUUUAUUUUUGAAUGUGAAUUUAUUCGAUCUAAUAAGUUAUGCAGCUUGUCUGUAAUCAAUUGAAAAUGAAGAAAAUAAUAAGCGAAGUGAAGAAAU